AAACUGACAUUUCCCGCCAGAGCCGCCGGAGCGGUGGCGGAGCAAAUCUGCUCUGGAAUCCCCACCACUCGAAUCGACGGGGGCGAGAGAGCGCCGGCGAGUGUUAAGGCGGGAACAAACUGACAUUUCCCGCCAGAGCCGCCGGAGCGGUGGCGGAGCAAAUCUGCUCUGGAAUCCCCACCACUCGAAUCGACGGGGGCGAGAGAGCGCCGGCGAGGCGGCGGCGAGAGGGAAGAGAAGAUGGCGGGUGACGGCGCCGACCACAUCACCGCGCUCCCGCCGGAGCUCCGCGCGCGCAUCGCCGCCUCCCUCCCGUUCCGGCAGGUCGCGCAGCUGGCGACUCUGUCCCGGCCCUGGCGCCACAUCCACCGCCACACGCCCGUCGUCGAGCUCAAGCUCAACGAGGACGCCCUCAGCGAGGACGCCCUCGCUGGCCUGGAGCUCGCGCUCCUCCGCCGCGGGCAGGAGGGGUCCGGUUCCAGGGUCGACACCCUCCGGAUCACCUUCCCGGUCGAGCACGACAUCGUCGACCCCCGCGUGAGGCGCCACGCCGGGCUCAUCGUCGCGCUCGCCGACGCGCGCAGGAUCCGCAUCACCGUCCCCGGACUCGGCAGCUUCCCUCGGAACGAGUGGUCCGUCGACCUGUCUCCGGCGGCGCUCGACCUGGAGGUCGCGGCGGUCUGCCACCCGUCGCCCACCAUCGCCGGGCCAGGCGCCGCCGCCUUGCAGAAGCUCUGCCUCGACACGGUGGUGGUCCGCGAGUGGCCGUCCCUUCCGUCCCUGCGCCACCUCGCGCUCCGCAACGUCAUUGUCGAGGCGCCGUACCCGACGGGCGCGCGGUGCCCGCGGCUCGAGCACAUGUGCAUCUUCGAGUGCUCGAUCGGGCUCGCCUGCGUCCACAUCGAUCUGCCGCUUCUGAGGAGCCUCUGGAUGGACCGGGCCUACGGCGCCGCCCGCGUCACCAUCGAUGCCCCGGAGCUCGAGGAGCUCGACGUGAACUGGUCGGCGGGGUACGCCGGCGAGGACUACCGGUCGUUCACCCUGCGGGCGCCGCGGCUGCGCCGCCUGACAUGGAGCGAGCAGUUCGCGGAGCGCGUCCACAUCGACGUCGGCAGGCCGGGGAGCGUGACGUCGGGCCGGAUCAAGUUCACGUGGGAGCCUGUCUGCUGCCGGGCGAUGGAGGACUUGCGGGCACAGAUGGCGCGGAUUCUCGAGGGGCUCCUCCCGGAGCUGUCGCCGGAGGGCGUCGCCGAUGCCGCGAGGCCAUACAUUUCGCUGCACAAGUCCACCAUGGAGGACGCUCACGGCGGCGAGCCGAGCUCGUCGGAGAAGCUCACCUGCGACCUCAGCGGCCUCAUGUCGUCGCGGAGAAUCCGAUCGGCUGUGUCGUUUUGAUAUUGAAGCGCUCUAAAUGCAGAUUUGUAGUCUGAAAUUCUGAUCUCGAUAAAUCAUGACCAGGAGCUUCAAAUCAAGAAACAGAGCAAGCGGAAUUUGGGACUUGGCUUGCCCUUGUGUCAUCUGGCAGGUGGAAUUGUGUAGGAUGAGUUUGUGCUAUGAAUGUGGAUUAGCUUGUUAAUCUUCCUUGUUGAAUGAAAUCAAACCUUGUUUCGUUUUCUGAA